AUGGCCAAGGACUCCUCUGUCCACGUCGAUGACGAAAAGCCCCUCACCGCUGAGGAGAAGCAGUGGUUCAAGGAAUCAGGUUACGGAAACGAGUUCAAAUUCCUGGCUGCUCACCAGCUCAGCAUCUACAAGGAGGGCGACCGCCAGGAGGGGCGGGCCUUGACUCGAGGAUACAUGAAGAUGGACAAGUACCAAGACGAUGCCGCGACAAAGGCCGGCGGCUCUGCCCCGGCGACAGGCAAUGGAAAGUAA